GGUCUUUCGCGUACGCAAAUUCACUAGCUCCUCACCGACCGCAACAGCAGCUGGGGAAGCAAACCACUUCGUUGAACGAGGAUCCGUGGAAAAUCUUUGUGAAAGUGUAAACAGACGAGAUAACAGCUGAAUUAAACUGAUCUGAAGCAUUGUUACUUUGUCAACUGAAUAACGGAAACAGUCGUCGCUUUUCGCCGGUACCGAGGAUAAUACAAAACUUCCCAAAGAGGAAUUCUUCAUUCAGGAUGUCGGAGUGAAACAAAGAGGUCUGGGGGCAUUCCUGUCAGAUAGGAGCUGAACUUCAUCCUUGUGGCCUUCUCUGAAUGGGAAAGAUGGAAAGGGACUUACAAUGGUGGAAAGGACAGCUAGCAGGGGAUAUCCAUCAGUCCCUCCGCAUCAAGGAAUUGAAGCUGCCUGUGUAUCGGGCCCACUCCCCUCAGAUAGGGAUGCGUCGGUACUUUGCAGACCUACUGGCCAUACUGUCGAACCGCUACCAGCUGUGUCCUACAGCCAGACACCUGUCUGUCUAUCUGCUGGACCUGUUCAUGGAUCGCUACGAUGUAGCCGUCAAACAGCUCUACGUCAUCGCUCUGUCCUGCCUGCUCCUCGCCAGUAAGUUUGAGGAGAGGGAGGACCGGGUACCUAAGUUGGAGCAGCUCAACUCCCUGGGCUUCAUGUGUUCUCUGAAUCUUGUUCUCAACAAGAGAGACCUCAUCAAGAUGGAGCUGCUGCUGUUGGAGACGUUCAGCUGGAACCUGUGUAUGCCCACCCCGGCCCACUUCAUAGACUACUACCUCCAGGCCUCGGUGCAGGAGGGAGACCUGUACAACGGCUGGCCUCUCUCCUCCCUCUCCAAGACCAAAACCUUUAUGGACAAGUACACACACUACUUCCUGGAGGUGUCACUGCAAGACCAUGCGUUCCUGAGUUUCCGGCCGUCUCAGGUGGCGGCAGCGUGUGUAGCGGCGUCUCGUAUCUGUCUCCAGAUUUCUCCUAGCUGGACCACGUCUCUACACCUACUGACUGGAUACACCUGGGGCCACCUCACACACUGCAUCAAACUCAUGCUGCUUGCACAUGACAGCGACGUGAAGGAGGCCAACAAACCCAAAUCCACCCCUCUGUUGUCUCGAUCCGCCUCUCUCCAGUCUCACCCUCCUCUCUCCCACCUCUCACCGGUCCCAGCCAUCCAGAGACCAGCUACCUCCUCCUCCACCCCCCAGCAGCUCUUCUUCCAGCCCAGCCCAGUGGGCUUCCCACACCUCUCCCCCUCCUUGUCCCAGCUCCACGCGCUAGCCGACUCCCAGGCUUUGGAGCCUGCUGGAGUCAACAUGUCCCAGGACUUCCUCCAGAGCCACAGGAUGGGGCUGCUCACUGGGGCCAACACCAUGACCUCCACAGCAGGGGCCUUCCCCUCCUAUCCUAGCCUGACUUCGGGGCUGCAGCCUGGGGCUCGGGUGGCACCGCUGGCCUUGCAGGGCCCCAUCUCCAUGCAGGUAGCCUUGGCUGCGGAGCCGAGACACUGCCUCAGCAUGGCCUACAGCCGGGGGUACCUGGGGGGCGUGGGCCCCCACCACACCUUCACGGCAGCGGGUUGCUUCGACAGAUGACGCCAGGAGACAGGGGAGAGGAUGAACAGCAAACCACCCCGAGCCAGGGACAGGGAGCGCUACAAUCCUCUCCCAUCACUACUUCCUCCUCCUCUCCGGUCCCUGGCAGACCUCCUCACUCUCUCCAUCAGCACCCCGCCCCCCUCCUCGGCCGCCCCUUGCCCCUCGCCCCCCACCUUCAGACAGAGACGGAGAGAAAGACUGCUCAAACGCAAGCAAAGGUCGAAGGGCACCGAUGACCCCGUGGAUGUCAUCACACUGACAUGACGCCACUGACUGAUGUUGAACACGGUUCUAAUCACGUCACAGGAACGUGAAGCUGAGGCAGAAGCAUUAAAACACUGUGGAAUGGUCACCGUAUGUCCCUGGUUAAGAUGCUGUUAUCACUGUGAACCAGAGGCUAUGCAGCAUGAUUCCUCCUCAGUGCCUCCUGGGUUUUGACCAGAGUGAUUUCUGUCUGUGAAUUCAGCUGAAGAUGAAGUGCUGCUCUCGCUCUCUGUCUCUCUCUCUGUCUCUCUGUCUCUCUGUCUCUCUGUCUCUCUCUCUGUCUCUCUCUCUCUCUCUCUCUCUCUCUGUCUCUGUGUAAUCAACUCCACUGAAGAUGAGAAAUAGGCCAGUAAAUUAAAGUUUUGAGCUGCUGAAUUGGGAACAGUGGUAUGACUUGUAGAUGCUAUGUCUGCUUAUAACAACUCACUGGUAUGUGACAUAGCUAUGUCAAUGUGUGUGUAUUGGCUUUAUAUCACUCUUAUGACAGUGAAUAACUUGAUAAUGUCACUAAGUGCUACAGGGAGCCCUCUUUGAGAAUUCCUACCCAUAAUCCUCAAUGGAUGGAUGGGGAGGUCAGAGUUCAUUGUUCUGUCACUGCAGAAGAAUUCCACAGUUAACAUACCUGUCAUGUUUUGGUUCUCUUCCCAUCCUCCUUCCUUUCUGAGCGAGAGAGUGUAUUAAUGUAGCAUUCUAAUUCUAUGCUUGGAACUUUGAUGUGUACAUAAUGACAUGCUGCUGCCUUCUAUAUGAACUGAUGGUUCUGUGUGAGCUGAAGACUUGUUUCCAUGAACCACAGCGUGUAUCAGGGACUUGAUGUAACAGAUUACUUGAAUACGAUGCCAUUGAAACGUGACGUAACUUUUAAUUUAAGUUGUUGCUUUAUUUUGUAUUCCUUGGUUGUUUUUGUUUUGUUUUUUAUACCGGUGUGAAACACAUUUGUUUUUAUUUUUUAUUUUAAAUGUAAAAAGCCAUUGUCUAGCAACUGAAUAUUCAGGCUCAGGUUGUUAGGCUGAGGAUAUCCAGUCAGCCAUCUCCUUAUUGAGGAGGUUACCAAUCAGCUGUUUUCUUACUAGUUUGUGCUUUAAGUAGAUGCUAGCAUGGCACCCAAGAGGGUUUCUCACUUCUCUCCCAGAGGAAGAGGACCUGUCUUUUUAAAUGACAUACUAAGAUAUAUAAAACACACUGUUUGCAUCCUGAUGGAAUCCGUGACCUCGCGGUCGAUGAAACACACAAGCCCAUCUGCAGCUGAUCACUAAUUGCUUCCCACAUUUCCAAAAUUUCAACUUCCUGCUGGAACGUAAACACAUCCAGAUUCCCCUUCUGCGUCACAGGCGGUCUCGCUGGUUACCGUGGCGAUGGCAAACAAUCUAAAUCAGGGGGCUCACUCAGAAGGACAGUUUGAAGGUUACAGAAUGUUUAGAUGCCCAUAACUGAUCUAAACAGCACAUUUCUAUCUGUGUAGAGCAGGGAAUGAUGGAAGCUCUAGAAAUCACAUUUCUAUUUGCAACAGUGUUAACUUCUGGUCCUUUUCUGUCGGUAUGCUUUGAAUGUGUACAUUUUUACUAUGGUUGUACAUUGUCCCCAACAGUUUUCAUACUUGAACUAUGCUGAUACUACUACGGCUGUGUUCUGAUUCUCAAUGUUCUGGGCUUAGCUAUCGAGACACUUUCAUUGAACACUGUGAAGCCUGGCUUUAGCAUGAUAUCUGGCAAGCAUCUGAAAUGUGUCAACUUUUUAUAGCAUAAACAUUACUGUAGUCUAGAUUAGUAUUUUACUACAAAUGGAAUGAAGGGCUUAGUAGGAACCAAAUGCAUCUUCCUGACUGACCUCUUCUGAACUGUCAAUCCCACUCACUGUAUGGUCAUCACUACUUUUAUAGACAAAAGCAUUCUUCCUUUUAACUUUGUCGUUUUUAAAAAAAGUGCAUUUGAUUUAGUCUUGUUCUUCCUGUGUUAAUAAAGAUGGAUGCGGUCGGUGUGGAGUACUAGGUCAUAUUCAUUAGGCACCAAACGGAAGAAGACACACAGGGGGGAACUAAAUCAGAUUUUUCUUUACUGGACAAGUUGGCUUUGGCUACGGGAUGACCUAUUGAAUAAGACCCUGUUUUAAGUAAAAGUACUCUCUUCUCUUACUGAGGUCUCAAGGUUGUUUUGUUGAUAGAACCAUAGCAUUAGAAUAAUUCAUUCUGUUUAUGGCUAGAACUCUUCUCACAGCCAUCACUACUGGUUCAUCUUUUAGGACUUAUUGUUUGACAUUAUUUUGUGAUUUGACUCCAUGUUGCUCCUUGCUGCCAGAAAGCAGAGAGCUCUGAACACAACUAUGUUGCAUAUUGCAGCCUUGACUGGUGUACUGCACAUGUUGCUAUAGCGAUACUGUGCAUUUUUCUAUGUACACAGAACUGUGCUGAUACCAAACAACCACACUACUUGUCAUUUCAUUGGACAUCAGAAAUGUCCCAGUAUUUUUGUUGACAAAGGGCCUUUUAUCAGAUGAGCCAUUGAAAUAAACAACAAACUGAAUAUC